AACUUCACCGUCCAUAAUUAAACUUCACCAUCCCAAAUGCAACAAACUAUACACUAUAAUUAUAAAUAGUCCUCUUUGAAGCAUGUACCCUACAUUAAAAAUAUUGAGAACACCACAAUGAUGAACGAUAUUCAAGGGUACGUGCCAAUACUCCUUGUUUGGCUAGCCUCAAUAAUAUUGCUCCAAGCCAUAUUCAAAACCUCAAAAUUUCGCCUUCCUCCUAGUCCAUUUGCCUUGCCAAUUAUUGGGCACUUCCACUUACUAAAACUACCCCUUCACAGAUCUUUUCAGAAGCUCUCAAAUCGCUAUGGACCCUUGAUUCACAUCUACAUUGGCUCUAGACUCACUGUUGUUGUUUCCUCUUCAGAAAUAGCCAAAGAGAUCUUCAAAACCCAUGACCUUUCCUUCUCCAAUAGACCAGCAAAUGUUGCUAUUAACUACCUCACUUACAACUCAUCUGAUUUCGGGUUUGCUCCUUAUGGACCCUACUGGAAGUUCAUGAAGAAACUUUGCAUGUCAGAGCUCCUCAAUGGGAAGAUGUUGGAUCAACUACUACCCGUUAGGCAAGAGGAGAUACACAGGUUUUUGCUGAUGAUGAAAUUGAAAGGUGAAGCAUGCGAGGUCGUGAAUGUUGGAGAUGAGUUUUUGAAGCUAACAAACAGCAUAGUGAUGAGAAUGGCAAUAGGAAAAAGCUGUUUCAGAAAUGAUGAUGAGGCUCACAAGGUGACAGAAAGGAUCAAGGAGUCUUCCAAGGUGAGUGGAAUGUUUAACCUAGAAGAUUAUUUUUGGUUCUGUAGGGGGUUGGAUCUGCAGGGAAUUGGGAAGAAGCUGAAGGUGGUUCAUGAGAGGUUUGACACCAUGAUGGAGUGUAUCAUUCGGGAACAUGAAGAGGCAAGAAAUAAAUCGACUGAAAAGGAUGCUCCAAAAGAUGUUCUUGAUGCUCUUUUGAGUAUUUCUGAAGAUCAAAACUCAGAGGUGAAGAUAACCAGAGACAACAUUAAAGCCUUCUUGGUGGAUAUGUUCACAGGAGGGACAGACACAACUGCAGUUACUCUAGAAUGGUCACUGGCAGAACUAAUUAACCAUCCGACAGUCAUGGAGAAAGCAAGGAAGGAGAUUGACUCUAUCAUUGGCAAAGACAGAAUGGUAAUGGAGAUAGAUAUAGAUAAUCUUCCUUAUCUCCAAGCCAUAGUGAAGGAGACACUGAGGCUUCACCCUCCAUCUCCAUUUGUAUUGAGAGAGUCAACUAGGAAUUGCACCAUUGCUGGAUAUGACAUUCCAGCAAAGACUCAGGUUUUCACUAAUGUGUGGGCUAUUGGUAGGGAUCCAAAGCACUGGGAUGACCCUCUUGAGUUUAGACCUGAAAGGUUUCUUAGCAAUGAAAAUGAGAGUGGAAAAAUGGGUCAAGUUGGGGUCAGGGGACAGCAUUAUCAACUUCUGCCUUUUGGGAGUGGAAGAAGAGGGUGUCCUGGAACUUCACUAGCGCUAAAGGUUGCUCACACCACCCUUGCUGCUAUGAUUCAAUGCUUUGAAUUGAAGGCUGAAGAAAAAGGAGGGUAUUGUGGUUGUGUUGACAUGGAAGAGGGACCUUCAUUUAUUCUUUCAAGAGCUGAACCCCUGAUUUGUGUCCCAAAAUCAAGACUCAUGCCAUUCCCUUUGUGUCAUGCUAAAUACUAGUUCUCGGUGUCACUCAAAAUAAGACCAAGUAUGAAACCUAGAAGCAUUGGAUUUUCAAUUAUCAUACUAUCAAUUAAGAUUGUUGCUU